AUGCCGCCCAAAAAGCGCAAAGCAGAUGCCGCUACGUCCUCUGCACCGACCAAGAAGACUCAAAAGAUUGCAGACGCCGAGUUCUUGAACUCGCUCUCAUCAUCGCCGGCGCCAGAUCCGAAGCAGGCCAAGAAUCUUGCAGUCCAAUUGGACGAGCAAUUCUAUGCAAGCAGCAAUGGUGUCGUAUACGUCGACGAUGAAGGCCUCGUCUACGAUGCUUGUCUCAACCAGACCAAUAUCACCGGCAACAACAAUAACAACAAAUUUUACUUCAUUCAGCUCAUCAAAGCGCCAAAAGGCACAUCAUACUAUUGUCAUACACGAUGGGGCAGAGUCGGCGAAACGGGCAAAUCCAACACAAAUAGCUAUGGUUCUCUGGAGGACGCCAUGGCAGACUUCGGCAAGAAGUUCAAAGACAAGACUGGUCUGAAGUGGGAGAAUCGAAAAGACCCACCCAAGGAGAAGAAGUACACAUAUCUCGAAAAGAGCUACGACGUGCAAGAGGAACCAGAAGUCAAAGUGGAGGACAACAACCCUGUCGUGGAGAGCAAAUUGCCGCCCCAGAGCCAGGAACUGCUAAAAUUCAUCUUUAACGAUGACCACUUCCAGACCACAAUGCGGCAGAUGGGAUAUAACAACGAGAAGCUCCCACUCGGCAAAUUGUCCAAGGCUACACUCAAGGCCGGCUUCAAUAUCCUCCAAGAAAUCGAUGAAGUUCUUCGAAAUAAAGACACUGCAAUGGAGAAGUACGGCAAACAUUGGUCCUGGGUGUGCGACGAGAUAUCAAGCAAAUACUACACCACCAUUCCUCACAUCACGGGCCGAGCCAAGCCUGAAAGCAUUGAUGAUCUCGAUAAGGUCAGCGAUGAGGCAGCCAUGCUGGAUUCAUUGGCGGAGAUGUGUGUGUCCGAUACGAUCAAGUCCGCUAAGGGUAGUCCCGAUGAAGCGACUGUUGCCCUUAUCGACAAGCAAUUUGACGGACUCAACUUGUCAGAGAUGACGCCACUUGAGAACGACUCAGGCGAGUUCAAGCACCUUCGAGACUACCUAAAUGAUACCGUCGGCGCUACCCAUGGAUUUACCUACAAGGUUCAAGACAUUUUCCGCAUCGAGCGCAAAGGCGAGAAGGAGCGAUUUCAGAAGUCCAAAUACGCCAAGCUGACAACCUCGAAUAAGCUCCUCCUAUGGCACGGUUCUCGCAGUACCAACUUUGGCGGAAUACUCUCACAAGGUCUACGCAUCGCGCCGCCCGAGGCUCCCGUCAGUGGCUACGCCUUCGGCAAGGGUGUCUAUCUUGCAGAUUGCUCAUCCAAAUCGGCCCAGUACUGCGCCUCCUACAAUUCGAACUUCACUGGCCUCCUGCUUCUCGUCGAAGCCGAGCUGUCAGAUCCAAUGUACGAGAUCAGCAGCGGAGACUACCACGCCGAAGAGAAGGCGAAGGAGACGAAUUGUAUCUCGACCAAGGGCGUUGGCCAGACAAUGCCGAAAGGUCCAGUCGGUCCUAACACUCAGCUGGACAAGGCCGGCUAUCUGCAGUACAAUGAGUAUAUUGCAUACGACGUCAAUCAGCUGCGGCUGCGAUAUCUGCUGAAGGUGCAGAUGUGA